CGACGUCACCAAAAGAUCAUAUCUAUGCAGAAUGUACUAUUAAUGUGUAACAUUUAUUCAAUAUUUAUCUCACCAAAUGUUCCACUUGUGUAAUAAUGUGAAAGAUAUCAACUUUAUCUUGUGUAGUUAUCAGCAUCCUGAGGUCAUUAAGUCAUUUACAUAUAAUACAGUGUUUCGAUGAUCAGGAUUGGUUAGAUGCUGCCUGUUAUGACGUGGAUACUGCUGUUACUGCUUUCGAUGAUAUGCCCCAUCUCAAGUGAAGAACAGUGCUUAAACAAACCGUGCGCUUGCUGUAGAACGGAUAAUUGCGACUCGAAUAGCACUUGUGAAAAUGGUUGUAUUGACGGGUACUGGGGAGACAAUUGUUAUUAUUCGUGCCCGGUGCACUGUGUGAAAUGUGAGCAGGAUAGACCGUAUGUAUGUGAUAAAUGCCAUGACGGAUUCCAUAACGGAUACUGGCAUGAUGGGAAGAGUCACGGCCCUUGGACUGAUAACUGUACAAAUAUAUGCAGUUCUCAAUGCAAGUCUUGCUUUAAUUAUCAACAUUGCAAAGAAUGUGUGGAUGGAUAUUACAAAACUAGAACAGUUCAAAACUGCACUCUUCAGUGCCCACAACGAUGUGUUUCUUGUUUAUCAGAAUUAGACUGUACCGAAUGUAAACCUGGAUACUUUGGAAGAAAAUGUUCGCAACUUUGCAGCAAAGGCUGUAACUCGCUAACAUGUGAUAAAAAGACUGGUCGAUGCAACUGCACAUCACAUUAUAUGGGUGAUACAUGUAAAUAUUGUAAACAUGACAUAUAUAGAACAGACUGUGACUUGGAUUGUCCUGAAAAUUGUUUUGUAUGUAACCAGUCCGAUAAUUGUUUAUUUUGUAAACAAGGGUAUGAAGGGCCAUUAUGUACACAGCCGAAUUCCACAACACCACAGGCAGACAAUCAUACUCUAGGUAUAGCUCUUGGAACCGUGUUUGGAGCCGUGUCAGUCGUGCUGCUUGCAUUAGUACUGUUGUUUGGCUGGAGAAGGCAACAAAGAGGCAGGAAGGAGAGAGUGAGCGAAGCAUCUUUUCAAAACGCGGUGUCAAGGUCACCAGAAUUACAACGAGACAUAAGCAAAAUAUCUGGUAAAAUCGACAUGGAAAUGUCCGUUGAUGAUGAAAUUCCUGGCUGGUCGACUAUGAAUGAUGUAUAUACUGUUCCAAACGGCUUAGAUGACUCUGACGAAAACAGAAGCGGCGAGUAUAGUGUUGCAGUAGAUACAAGCUUUACAAGUGAGAUCAUGUUUAAAGACCAGUCUGAUAAUAACGUUCAGAGUUCCGAACUCGGUGAUAGGAGUAGCAAUUACAGUUUUGCAAUAGAUCCCAUUAAUGAAAAAGAGAAAAAGGUUGAAGACAUUUCAAGCAGCUAUGGGAAGGAUUUAAACGUCAAAGGCGAACCAGACUGUAACAUCGAGAAACUUUCUAAAGAUAACCCAGCCUUUGAAAUGGAAGAAAGUGCUAAAGAAAAAUAUACCUGCGAAACAAUUGAUGCAGAUGAUUUUAACAUUGAAAAAGAUAAAGCAAGCUAUGCAAAGAAGACUGAUAAAAAGAGGCCUAAAAAGGGUUUCAAAUCUGAAGCUGAUUAUGAAAAGAUCAUCACCGGAAAAUUAAAUGAGCAUAUAUACAAUGAAGAUAAUGGAGAACAUAAAAUAAAUAUUGAAAACAUGAAGAAUGAGAACUUUGCCCCUGACACGCCAGGCUAUGAAAAAACAAUCAACUUUAAAACACGGACAUUCUACGAGAAAGGUGGCAAUGCAAAACACUUUGAAACGUGUGAAAAAGAUAAAAAUAAAAGCUUUGAAAAUGAGAAAGUUAUAACCGAAAAACAAGGCUGUGAUGAAGAAACAGAUGUUGAAGACAAUCUAAGCUUUGAAAAGAAAACAUCUUGUAAAAGAAAAGGCUUGCAAUCAACAGACGAUUAUGAAGAGCUGCAAAAAAUAAAGAACAAUGAACACGAUUAUGAAGAGGGAGUUAUACAGCUCCCGGACUAUACUAAUGUAGAUAACAAAGCACAAAGUAGCGCUACGUUUGGUGUCUUUAGGCUUGUAUAAUCUAACAAACAAAAACAUUAUUUCCUAUAGAUGGUGGUAAAAGCGUGUACACCAUUUUCACAUUCGCCCUUUUCCAAGCGCACCUGUGUGGUAAUCCUGAAACGCUUUAGAUUAAAUUUUGUACCUUUUGGCCUGUUAUUUUAUAUUGGUUUUAAAUGUAUCAGUGUCAGAAAAAAUAUGUUAUACACAAAGCAGUAAGAUCUUGAUUAUGAUAAACAUCGUUUAAGUAUAAAUGUUUUAACACACUCAUUCAAACCGAGUCUGCUUGGUUGCAUUAUAUAUUUCCAAUGGAUCUUCUGACAGAUGUCAUAAAUUAUCAUAACAAUCUUUAAGUGCUAUGUGGCGGUUGUAAAACGCCUUUCGGUACAUAUACAUAAUGUUGUUACAUUUUCGUUGUUGUCCGUUCAAUAUCUGUUUAACAGCAUUCGACCUAUUUUGUUGCUAGGGGACGGACAUGAGGGUGAUGCAUUUUGCAUCACCUCUUAUCAACAGACCCAGACAAUCCAAGUCUGCUAUUAGUUUUCUUGGUUGAAUUCUAUGCUUUCGAAGGAUCUUCUUAUAGAAUUUAUUGUUAUCAUAAGAUAUAUUUUGUGUAAUCGUCUGCACUUUGUUUCGUUUGCUUUUCUCUAAUUGAUCGGCUCUGUUGUAUGUAAUACAGAUGUUUUAACAUUAUAUAAUUACGCUUGAAGUGUCCAUUUCCUUGGUGAAAACAUAGUCUUUUACCAUUGCGCCUCGAGAAAUUUUUAUGUACAAGGAUAUCAUGUAAAUAAAUGGUUGAAAAAGAUA